GCCUGUACCUGCGGCUGCUGUUUGUGGCUCAGGCUGAGUCUACCUGAAUCUACCGUUAUAGUCUACAGAGGAAGCACGAGGCCGCACCGCAGCGAGCAUUUCAUUUGACAGCUACAUUUUAAAAGCACGAUCAGAGUGGUCAGCAUCAGGAUUAUUCCUCCCAUCAUCUCGUGUAUUUGAGAGACACAGAUGGAGGGAGUGCUGAUUUUGAAAUCAGCUUCACCUCGAGACUCUCCUCCUCCUCCUGUGGAUGCUUCGGAUCUUCAAGCAUCUCCUGUACCUCCGGCCAUGCAUGUUACAGCCACGGCACCUCCACCUCCACCACCACCACCACCACCACCUCCACCGCCUCCACCUCCCCCUCACCUUCCUCCCCCUCCGUUCGGUUCCCGUAAUUUCCAAAGACGUUCCAUGAAAAAGCUGAACUGGGAUACCCUUCCCAGCCAGCGUGUCCUGGGCAAACUGAACGUGUGGACGUCCAAGCGGACCCAGAGGGACCUGGUGCUGGACAUUCGGAGCAUGGAGGAGUUGUUCAGCCACAUGGACAAACAGGCCUCGCUGCCCAGGGUCACGAAGAAGAGCAAUGCCGUGGACCUCUUUCCACAGGAGCCUCAGGUCACGAUUCUUGACUCCAAAAGGAGCAUGAACAUCGGGAUCUUCCUGAGACAUUUCAAGAGGCCUGUGACAGAAAUGGUACAAGACAUCCGUCAAGGGAACUGGCUCAGAUUUGGAACAGGCAAACUCAAAGAGCUUUGUAAACUGCUUCCAGAAGAAAAUGAGGUGAAGCAGCUGCUUUCAUUCAGUGGGAACCUCUCUGCGUUACCUGAGGCUGACCAGUUCAUGGUGCAGCUGCUCAGAGUGCCGGGCUACGAGGAGCUCCUGAAAACGAUGGUGCUAAGGGAGGAAUUCUUUCCUCUUAUGGAGGAGGUGAAGAACUCUAUUGCUGUCUUAUCCAAAGCAGCUAAUGAGUUACUGGACUGUGACAACCUCCACUCAGUCAUUCGGCUCGUGUUAAAGGCCGGGAAUUACAUGAACGCUGGCGGUUACAGCGCCAACGCCAUCGGCUUCAGGAUGACCUCUCUGCUCAAGCUGGCAGACACCAAGGCCAACAAACCCGGCAUGAACCUCAUGCACUACGUUGCGAAGCAAGCAGAGGACAUCGAUGCCGAGUUGCUGACUUUCCCAAACCAGCUCAAUCACAUUGGCAUGGCAUCAAGAAUCUGUAAAGAGGAGGUAAUCACAGACUUUGAGAGGGAAGUCAAGAAGGUCAAGGAAGUCAGAUUGUACAGCAGCAGACACCCUGGCCUCGCACAACAGAUGGAGACCUUUUUUCUGAGGGCUGACGCCAAGCUCGCACAUCUGGAGCAGUCCCUCAAGGAGCUUUCUGCCGUGAGCGAUGCCGUUGCCGAGUACUUCUGUGAAGACCCGGCCACCUUCAAACUAGACGAGUGCUGCUCCAUCUUUCACUCCUUCUGCAAGAGGUUUGACACGGCUGUACGGGAGAACAGAGAGCGAGAAGAAGCGGAGCAGAGGCGCAAGCGGAAGGAGAGCAUGCGCAUAGCAGCCAAACGCCGCUCCACGAUGUCAGGGCCGAGGCCGGAGCCCAACGGCGGCGGCGACUCGUGCCUGGAGUCGGCCCUGAACAACUUCCUCUCCACGGUGCCGGAGGGUGUCACCAGAUGCAGGAAGAACAUACUGCCCCCCAUCGAAGGGUCGCCCUCCGCACGCAGCCCUGCUUCUCACGUAGAAAAAAGCAAGAAAACACCCCGCGCUAACCAAGAAAGUCCAGAGAAGAAACACCUGAAGCUGCAGAAAGAGGACGGACAAGUAGCGAAACUGGAAAACCAAGAGGCUGAGAGGAUGCGUGAGGUCGCUCGAAAGGUGCUUCACUACCAAACGAACAAAAGCUGUGUCGAUGGAACUCCUCGACGUUCGGAGAGAGGACAAGACAAACCCGACACCCCGAGUACCCCACAGCCGAGGACUAGAGACUUCUUUUUUGCCAACAAUGGGGACGUGGGCUCCCCGUGGACUAUCCUGAGCCCUUUGACCUGCUCCCAAGGCGACAACCCCCCGCGAACCAGGCAGGCACACAAACACAGACUGUCUCUGCCGUCUGGAGACGAGCUGGACGAUGGAGUCUGGGAGCAGGAAAAGUCAAACAGCGAUGCUCCCAGUUCCGCUGAUCAGGACAGUGCGGCGUCUCCAUCCGGGGGUUCCGCGUCUCUUCCAGAGGGUCCCACCCGGAGAGCUUUGUCUCAGGGCCCGGUCGUCAGGUCGGUUUCCAUGGAUGAAACCGGCCGAUCGCCUGCAGCCGCCUUCCGUCUGGGAGACUUGUUCCAGAGAGGUUCGUCCCAGAGGUCGUACUCCUCCGGCUCACGGACAGAACACGCGAGGGAAGACAGGACCUCGGUCGGCUCGUCGCUCGGCAGUGACGCCGGGAACCGCGCAGACGACCAAGUGAGCUCCUCCGGAUUUAUAUCCUUCUUCAGACGCAUCGGAGCCAGAAGUAAAGCUGCUGACAUGGAGGAGCAGAAGGAUCCUAAUACUUGAUUUAAGUUUUUAUUCAUAGACGUAGAACAGUGUAUGUCUUUUUUUUUUUUAUGUCUGUGUUUAAGUUUAUUUAAAUAUGUUUGUCUUUUUUUACCCUUCAGUGGUAACAAGGCAAGUGUGGACUUGCUUUGAACUGUGAAGGUUUGGAUUUUUGGGAGUCGGCCCACUUUUAAAAAUCACAGCAGCUUUCUUUCUUUUUGUCUUUUUGUAUGCAAUAAAGGGUGACAUUUUACCUUUUUA